AUGUUGCAGCAACCACCACCUCCUUAUGCACCGCCACCACCAAAUGCACAGAUGGGACCACAGUUACCACAAAUGGGACCUAUGGGGCGUAUGGACCAACAAAUGGGACCUAUGGGCCAACAGAUGGGGCCUAUGAGACCACAAAUGGAUCCCAUGGGAUCACAAAUGGGUCCUAUGGCACCCCAAAUGGGACCUAUGGGGCCCCAAAUGGGGCCCAUAGCUCCGCAAAUGAGACCUAUGGGACCACGAAUGGGACCCAUGGGACAACAAAUGGGGCCUAUGGGACCACAAAUGGGUCCUAUGGGUCCACAAUUGGAUCCACAAAUGGGCCCUAUGUCACCCCAAAUGGGACCUAUGGGGCCACAAAUGGGACCAAUGGCACCGCAAAUGGGACCACGAAUGGGACCCAUGGGACAACAAAUGGGGCCAACGGGGCCCCAAAUGGGACCUAUGGGAUAUCAAAUGCCACCCAUGGGACCAGAAAUAGGAGCAAUGGGGCCACAAAUGGGUCCAAUGGGACAGCAAAUGGGACCCAUGUGGCAACAAAUGUACCAAAGUCAAGGAUAUCCGCAACAAUCGUAUAAUCAGUGGUAUGCUUACAAUGGGCAAAAGCCGCAACAAGUUAGUGUAAGAGCGAGAGGUAUGAAAAAAGAAAGGGACAGAAGAGGAAUGGAGGACGUGGGUGGACAGGAUGUCAAUCAGAAUCCGUCGGGGGGUAAAUUAUGGAAAACUGUUAGAGACUAUGGUCACCAAAAGCCCCAUGUUAAAAACAAUCGCGACCAGAAGCCACCGGGGGCUAACUACCAAAAGCCCCCAGCUGGAAACUAUGGUAACCAAAAACCCCCACCUGGAAACUAUGGCAACCAAAAACCCCCACCUGGAAACUAUGGCAACCAAAAGCCCCUACCUGGAAACUAUGGCAACCAAAAGCCCCCACCUGGAAACUAUGGCAACCAAAAGCCCCCAGCUGGAAACUAUGGGAACCAAAAAUCCCCACCUGGAAACUAUGGCAACCAAAAGCCCCCAGCUGGAAACUAUGGCAACCAAAAGCCCCCAGCUGGAAACUAUGGCAACCAAAAUCCCUCAGGGAGAAAUUUUGGGAACCAAGGCCCCCCGGGAGGAUCUUACGGUAGAAAUGGUCCGCCUAAUAGAUUCGGUGGUCCACCUGAUAGUUUCGGUGGUCCGCCUAACGGUUUUGGUGGUUCACCGAAUGGGUUUCGUGGUCCACCGAACGGAUUCGAUGGUCCACCGAACGGAUUUGGUGGUCCACCGAACGGACAGGACGGUCCACCUAAUGGAUUCGGUGGUCCACCGUAUGGAUAUGGUGGACCUCCUGAUGGCGGUGGCGGUCCACCCGAAGAUGAGGGAUUGACCAAUCAAGUGCAACAAAAAGAAGAACACGAAGAGGAAAAAAGGGCCAUAGCGCUGUCAGGCCAGUACGAAAAAAUAGAGAAAAUGAGAUACAACCAAGACGCAAAUAGUGCUCUAAGCAAUAUUCAAAAAGAAGAGAUUGACAUGAGGGCAAGGGCUCAAGAAACACUCAACGAUCGUACGUACAAGCCGCCAGCGCCUGAAUUUGUCAUACCGCAGGAGACAAAAAAACCAAGGAUAGGCCCAACGACAUCAUCAGUGCCACCGGACGUACCGGAGACGGCAGUCCGCUCCAUGCUGCGCAGCCUCAAAGUUAAUGACCUUGAAGAAACCGACUGGCUGGCCUUCGAGGUCGCCCUCGGAGGGAAGUACGCCAAGCCUGAGAUUGAAGAUAAGAAAAUGAAGACUACAGAAUGUACUGGGUAUCCCGCCGUGGAGCUGGCUCGAGCCGGGGCGGUCGAGGAGCGGCGCGCGCGCAUCGGCCGCCGCCGCCGCCGUCCCGCUCACCCGCCUAUCCCGCGAGUACCGCGCACACCCGGUGAAUAUAAGAUAGGAAUUGACGAAACAGUUCGUCCUGUAGUACAUGCGCCACGAAAAUUACCAUUGGCUAUUAAAGACAGCUUAAACAAUAAGUUACAAGAUAUGGAGAAGCAGGGGAUUAUUUCAAAAGUGGAAGGGCCGAGCGACUGGGUGAAUAGCAUGACGGUGAGAAACCGGUAG